AAAGAAAGUAAAAGAGCAUCAUAAUACAAGUAAAUUAUUUCAAUGAGAUAAUGUAAAAUAUGUAUAUAUUAUAUUGAUAUUAAAAAUAUAUAUACAAAAGCACAACAUGACGUUUAUUGAGUUUUACUGUUUAUUAUAUUUUACAUUGAUAAGGGAGAGGAAUUUGAAAUUGUUAUUAAUAUUUGUAAUAGUUGUUAAAUAUUACCGCCUCUGUUAGCAUUACCCAGGGAGCACCGCGAAUACAUUCCCCAAAAAAUGUAUUGAACAUAAUAAUCAAUUAUUAUGUAGAAUGAAAAAUAUAUACAUAGUGAGGGAUCUUUACCAAUCCCUCAAACUAAAUAAAACAAUAAUCAUCCUUCAGAUGAGUCUUAAGGUGACGAUGAUAACGGAAGCCACGAUGGCAACGUUCGCAGCUAUAUGGCAUUCUGGCGUUAUGGCAAUUAAUAUGGUUUUUCAAGCUACGAUGGUUAGCGUAGCUUUUGUCGCAUUCCUGACAAACAUGAACCUUCUUGCUCGGCUCUGCCGCGUGCCUCCUCGCAGCGAAGUCGAAGGGGGUGGGGUUCGCCCCCCCAACAUCCUCCUUGGAGGUGUGCAAAAAUACACGAAGGCCUCUCCAAGUUUCUUUGUUCUUCAAUAAUUGCUCGUGGCAAUUCAUCACCUUCGUCAACAAUUGAAGA